CUGGGGGACCUCGCCCACAGUUCCCCGGGUGCCAUCUUGGUUCUCCCGGAGGACGGGAGGGGCGUGCCGGGGGUGCGACUGGGCGGAGGAGAUUUGGAAGUUAGCUUCUAGGAUUGUAGUGUUCGUCUUUACUUGAUGCCCCUCCCCGAGUUUAGGUGCGCAAGGACUACUGCUGAGUGAAUAUGAUGGACCCUAGGGGAAAAGACAGUUCUGCUGGCCCAGUUCUCGAGGGGGUGUGUGACGGCAGAAAGGGAAAGUAAUGGUUACCAUCUGGUGAGAAGUGUGAGGAUAAUUUCAAGUCCUUUCACCGCUGUGGAACAGAUGAUGGAGGACACCCAGGCUAUUAACUGGGAGGUUGAAGAAGAGGAGGAGACAGAGAGACCCAGUGAAUCCUUGGGGUGUAGCUUGGCGCCCGUAGGGCGACUGCGUAUCUUCAGUAGUGCCCAUGGACCAGAAAAAGAUUUCCCACUCUACCUCGGGAAGAAUGUGGUAGGCCGAAUGCCUGAUUGCUCUGUGGCCCUGCCCUUUCCAUCCAUCUCCAAACAACAUGCAGUGAUUGAAAUCCUGGCCUGGGGCAAGGCACCUAUCCUCCAGGAUUCUGGGAGCCUCAAUGGGACUCAAAUCCUGAGGCCUCCUAAGGUCCUGAGCCCUGGGGUGAGUCAUCGUCUGAGAGACCAGGAGUUAAUUCUCUUUGCUGACUUGCUCUGCCAGUACCAUCGCCUGGAUGCCCCCCUGCCCUUUGUCUCUCGGGGCCCUCUAACUGUAGAGGAGACACCCAAGGUACAGGGAGGAACUCAUCCCCGGGGGCUCCUGUUGGCUGAGGACUCAGAGGAGGAAGUAGAUCCUCUUUCUGAAAGGCAUGUGGUGAAAGAACCAAGGACCACAUCUUCUUCUUUGGCAACAGUAGUUCCAGAGAGUGAUGAAGAGGGGCCUUCCCCUGCCCCAGGUGGCCCUGGGCCACCUUUUGCCUUCAACUUGGACAGUGACACAGAUGAGGAAGAAAGUCAGCAACCAGCAACAGGGGAGGCCUUCUCAGCUGCCAUGACAGAUGCCACUGUAGAGACAGAACCGCCUAAAGCCAUCACAACUGAAAUCCAGCUUGAAAAGGAUCAGUGUUCAGUGGAGGAAAGGGACAAUGCCACAAAAGUCAAGAGGGAUGCAAGGAAUGAAGUGGUUCCAGUUGGAGUGAUUCUGGAGAGGACCCAACCUGCUGAGGAGGACAGUGACACAGAUGUGGAUGAUGAGAGCAGGCCUCCAGGAAGGCCAGCCGAAGUCCAUUUGGAAAGUGCCCAGCCUUCUGGCUUCAUAGACAGUGAUACUGAUGUGGAAGAAGAGGGGAUCCCCACGACCCCAGCUGUAGUUCCUAUGAAGAAGAGGCAAGUCUUCCAUGGAGAUGAUGCAAAGAGUCCUGGGGCACCUGGCUUGGCGAAUCUGCAGGAGAACCCAGCUGGUAGUGAUACAGAUGUGGAGGAGGGCGAGGCCCUACUAACGGUCCCUCUGGAGAGAAGCCAAGCCUCCAUGGUGAUCGACAGCAAUACAGAUGAUGAGGAAGAAGUCUCAGCAGCACUCACUUUGGCACGUCUGAAAGAGAGCCGAACCCUUACCUGGCACAGAGAUACAGAUGUGGAAGAGGACAAGGCCCAACCUGUGGUCCUUCUGGAGCAAAGCCAAACCUCCGCCAGGAGAGACAGUGACACAGAUGUGGAGGAGGAGGGGCCCCCAGUGGAAAAGAGAGGAACUGUCCCCAAGGAUUGCACAGACAAAGCACAUUCAGAAAAGAGCCAGCCUCCUCUUGGGGAUAGUGAUAUAGAGAUGGAGGAAGAUAAGAGCUCACCUGCAGUCCACCUGGAGAGAAGUGAAGCCUCUGCCACAGUGGAUGUCAACACACAAGUGAAGGAGGAAGUCCUACCAGGGCCAGCUGUUACACCUCUGGAGAAGCAUCAGGUGCCUGUGGCGUGGACAAAUCAAACAGAUGUGGAAGCAGACAGGGGCCCAGCAAAGCUGCCUAUGGUGUGUCUAGAGGAAGCCCAGCCUCCUCCAGUUGGGGACUGUGAGAUCACAUCCUUAAAUGCCUCAGCAGUGACAGAUGUAAGAAAGAGCCAGUUUCCCACAGGAGGGGAUGCUGGGACGGAAUGGGCUGUGGCUGUUCUUGAGCAGGAGAGAGCUCCUGAGGCGGGGGCCCAGGGUGGGUCACCUGUGGCACUAGUGGAGCAGGGCCUUCUCCCUGUCUCAAGGGAAAACCUAACAGAUCUGGUGGUGGACACAGGCACUCCAGGGGAACCCACCCAGCCACGGAGAGAGGGAGCCCAGACCCCCAAAGAAGGGAAGAGAGAACCACGUAUGGAUGGGACCAAGGACUCUGCAGAUGCCCGUGAUGUUCUAAAGGCUGAGAAGUCCACGAUCAAGGUGCCAGCGUAUUCAGUGUCUGAUUCUGAAGAUCUAGACCUACAGGCUACCCAGUGCUUUGUGGAGAAAGAGGGUCAGAGCCUGGAAGCAGUCCAGAGCACGGAGGAUGAACCUACCCAGGCCUUCCUGUUAAGUCCACCCCAAGAGCCUGGCCCUUCCCGUUGCAGCUUCCAGGCCGAAGAAAAAAAUGCCAUAUUAAGUCAGACCUAUGGAGCAACUAGUCUAGCAUCGUUUUUAAAGAGGCUACCGAGAGAGCUUUUAUAUGAAGGUGCCCUGGAUGAGCUGUGGGAGGUCUUGGCUACACAGCCAUACUGUCCAAGAGAAUCUGAGGCCUCUGAGACCCAGCCCAUUGCCGCCCACCUUGAGGCCCAUGGAUCUUGCCCCUCACCACCUAGGGCAACACCAGGAGAACAACAUCCAGAGAGCCCAGUUCAUGCAGAGCCACUGGGGAUUCAAGGAAGAGGGAUGCAGACUGUGGAGAAAGACAUGGGUACACCAGGAGAAACAGCAGACAGGGUGAACCCUGAGAGAGGACCAUUGGAGAGGGCAACCAAGAAACCGCCACCAGAAGGAGAGAGAAAAGAUGUGAUGGGAGAGGAAGAAUUAACUUGGGGGCUACGGGACAGUCAACAAAAACAGGUGUUAGCUAGAGACACUCAGAGACAAGAGUCUGACAAAAAGGUGACAAGUGCAAGUCCCGAAAGUGGUAUGGAGAGUUUGAAGGUAGAAAUUGAGACAGCCAGGGAAAUACAAGAGAAAGAGAGAGAAAAGCAGACUCUUGCAAGAGAAAUAUUUGAAAGAGAAGCAGAGAAAUUAGUACCAGGGAGAGUGUGUGAGGUAGGUGGGUUAGAGGUCAAGGUAUCCAAAGUGAUACAGGAGAGAGGCCCUGAGGCAGGGGAGCCAGAGAGAGGGACCCAGGACCAGGAAGGGCAGGCCUCCAGUCCAACACCAGAGCCUCGGGUGGGGGCUGGGGGCCUUCAGGCACUCGCUUCAGCUGUGGUAGCUUCUGGGAGCCAAUCAGGUGGAGGAAGGGGCGUCCCAGUGAGUCCCAGGAGGCAGGAGAGAGACCACUUGAAUUGCAAGAUGCCACCUGCUGAGAAGGCUUCUAGGGGUGAUCAGGAAUCCCCAGAGGCUUGUCUGCCUCCUGCAGUGACUGAAGCCUCAGCCCCGCUCCAAAACCCCCUCAUGUCUCAGAGCCAAAAACAUCCUACACCUCAGCCUCUGCCUUCCUUAGAGCUGCCCAUUCCCAGGGCCAGGCAAAAUGGGAGUCAGGGAGCCCCAGAGAUUCCUCCCUCAGAGCUGGAGCCUCUGCAUCCAAAACCCAAAGUCAGGCCCCGGGGGUCCUCCAGGAUGUUACCCUCUCCAAUGUCUUCUAUAGCCCCUGAGUCCCACCCUACCACCCCCACAGACCAGCCUGUCAGCCCUGAGCCCACAUCUCGGGCCACUCGGAGCAGAACAUACAGGUCUUCUGAAAUGACCCCUGCACCAGUUGUCCCCACAGCACCUGAGCUGCAAUCUUCCACCUCUAAAGACCAGCCUGUCACCGCUAAGCUCACAUCUCGGGCCACUCGGGGAAGGACACAUAGGUCCUCUGUCAAGUCCCCUGAACCAGUUGUCCCCACAGCCCCUGAGCUCCAGCCUUCCACCUCUAAAGACCAGCCUGUCACUCCUGAGCCCACAUCUCAGGGCAGGACACAUAGAUCUUCUGUCAAGGCCCCUGAGCAAGUUGUCCCUACAGCUCCUGAGCUGCAACCUUCCACCUCCAAAGACCAGUCUGUCAUCCCCACACCCACAUCCCGGGCCACUCGGGGCAGGACACAUAGGUCCUCUGUCAAGACCCCUGAACCAGUUGUCCCCACAGCCCCUGAGUUCCAGCCUCCUACCCCCACAGACCAACCUGUCACCCUUGAGCUCAUAUCUCGGGCCACUCGGGGCAGAACACACAGAGCCUCUGUGAAGACUCCUGAACCAGUUGUCCCCACAGCUCCUGAGCUGCAGCCUCCCACCUCCAAAGACCAGUCUGGCAUCUUAACACCCACAUCUCGGGCCACUCGGGGCAGAACACAUAGGUUCUCUGUCAAGUCCCCUGAACCAAUUGUCCCCAUAGCCCCUGAGCUUCAGCCUUCUACCCCCACAGACCAAUCUGUCGCUAGUGAGCCCACAUCUGGCACCACUCAGGGCAGGACACAUAGGUCUUCUGUCAAGACCCCUGAACUAGUUGUACCCACAGGUCCUGAGUUCCAGCCUUCCACUUCCAUAAACCAACUUGUCACCCCCAAACCCACAUCUCAGCCAAGGACACAUAGGUCUUCUGUCAAGACCCCCGAACCAAUUGUUCCCACAACCUCAGAGCUCCAGCCUUCCACCCCCACAGACCAACCUGUCACCCCCAAACCCACAUCCCGGGCCACUCGGGGCAGAAAACAUAGGUCUGUCAACACCUCUGAACCGAUUGUCCCCACAGCCCCUGAGCUCCAGCCUUCCACCCCCACAGACAAACCUGUCACCCGCAAGCCCACAUCUCGGGCCACUCGGGGCAGAACACAUAGGUCUUCUGUCAAGACACCCGAACCAAUUGUCCCCACAGCCCCUGAGCUCCAGCCUUCUACCCCCACAGACAAACCUGUCACCUGCAAACCCACAUCUCGGGCCACUCGGGGCAGAAAACAUAGGUCUUCUGUCAAGACCCCCAAACCAAUUGUCCCCACAGCCUCACAGCUCCAGCCUUCCACCCCGACAGACCAAUCUGUUACCCCUGAGUCCACAACUCAGGACAUUCGGGGCAGAAAACAUAGGUCCUCUGUCAAGACUCCCCAACCAAUGGAACCCACAGCCCCUGGCCAUGAACCUCCCAGCCAUACAGACCAGCCUGUCACCCCUGAAGCCAUAGCUCCGGCUAGUCAGAGCAGGACACUAAGGACUUCUAUAAUAAGUGCUGUGCCAGUUCCUACCACCCCUGAAUUCCGGUCUCCUGUCCCCACAGACCAGCCUAUUCCCCCUGAGACCAUCCCUCAAGCCAAUUGCAGCAGGAGGCCAAGGGCCACUAGGAAGCAGGGGUCCCCCACAGCUCCCAUUGUCCAUGAACCCUGCUCUGCACCCCCUGAACCUAACUCGAGGAACCAAAGACGAAGAGCAGUGAGAGCAGCUGAGUCCCUUACAACCAUUCCUGAGCCUGCCUUUGCCCAGCUUCCUGAGGCGCCCACUCAUGCUCCCCACAUCGAAAAGGUAGAGGCAGCAGGUACAUCUGGGUUCACCCCAGAGCCCCAGCGUAAGGCCUCUCAAAGCCACAAGAGGCCUUUAGCUACCCUGGAUUUACCCCCACUUCAAAAACGGCUCCAAAGAGGGAAAGUCUCCCAGAAGACAGCGUUCCUCCAGGAAGAGGAAGAUGAUCCCACAGAGAGACCAGGGAAGAAAGAGGUUGUAGUGAUGCCAGGACCAGGCAAGAGAAAGAGAGACCAAGCAGAAGAAGAGGGAAUACUGAGCCGCAGCCUCCGAAGAACCAAACCUAACCAAGAGUCCACAGCCCCCAAAGUGCUCUUCACAGGAGUGGUGGAUGUUCGAGGAGAGCGGGCAGUACUGGCCCUGGGGGGAAGUCUGGCCAGCUCAGUGGCAGAGGCUUCCCACCUGGUGACUGAUCGAAUCCGCCGGACGGUCAAGUUCCUGUGUGCCCUGGGGCGGGGGAUCCCCAUCCUCUCCCUGGACUGGCUGCACCAGUCCCGCAAAGCUGGUUGCUUCUUGCCACCGGAUGAAUACGUGGUGACCGAUCCUGAGCAGGAAGAGAACUUUGGCUUCAGCCUUCGGGAUGCUCUGAGCCGAGCUCGGGAGCGAAGGCUGCUGGAGGGCUAUGAGAUUCAUGUGACCCCUGGAGUCCAGCCACCUCCACUUCAGAUGGGAGAGAUCAUCAGCUGCUGUGGAGGCACUGUCCUACCCAGCAUGCCCCGGUCCUAUAAGCCUCAGAGAGUUGUGAUCACAUGCUCCCAGGACUUCCCCCGAUGCGCCAUUCCAUCUCGGGUCGGGCUGCCCAUCCUCUCACCUGAGUUCCUGCUGACAGGAGUGCUGAAGCAGGAAGCCAAGCCAGAGGCCUUCGUCCUCUCCGCUUUGGAAAUGUCAUCCACCUGAAACCCCACCCUAUUUGCUCCCAGACCAAUAAAUAAAGUGUUAGAAGAUAUAUGGAAGAAAGAAUUUAGGGCUUUAGAAAGGAUUGGGAUGUAUUGAUCUGAUUUGUCUUGGAAUAUGGGUGGAGCUGAAAAGACUUAUGGGUAAACAGAACAAUAGAGAGCUUGGGAGCCACAGAUUUUCUUAAAUGGCCAUUUAAAAUUGGCUAAUCCCAUGCUCAGACAUCUUGAGCAGCUCUAAUCUUUAGUUAGACUGAUGUACAUAUUGCUCCGUGGCAUACAGUGUCCUGCCUCCCCUUUGGAAGCCAUCUCUUUGUCUUUUCUUACUGGGAUUCCUACUCAUCCUCCAAAAGAUUGUGGAAACAAUUCUAGUGUCAAUAACUUGAAGGGAUGCUCGGAGUGAGUAAAUUUGAGAGUGCAGUUACAGAAUGCUGCUAAAAUAUCUUCCCCUCCUCUGGCUCCAUUUUGUUAGAAGUGUCCUUUAGCUUUGACUUUGAGCAAAUCUCUGCACUUUUCUGGCCUGCUUUUCCAGUCUUUAUAAAAUUAGAGUUUAGGCUUAUGCUCUGUGAUAAAUAAAUAUUCACUCUGUGCCUUA